AUGGAUCGCAUCAAGGAGAAAAUGAACCAGCUCCGCCUGGAGGCCGACGAUUCCGCCGCUAAGGUCGAGGAGCUUCAAUCCAAGGUCAAGACGCUCGAGCAGGAGAACCUGUCCAAGGAGCAGGACAUCACUUCCCUGCAGCACAAGAACGGCCUGCUCGAGGGCGAGGUCGAGAAGCUCGAGACUGCCAUCAAGGACUUCAAGAAGGCCGCCGAGGACGGCACCCAGCACUCCACCACCAACGAGAGUCUCACCCGCCGCCUCCAGCUGCUCGAGGAGGAGGCCGAGGAGGCCGACAAGACGCUUCGCGAGGCCAACGAGAAGUGGGUAGCCCAGUACUACACAUUCAAGUCACACGAUUAUCUGACUUGGAGGCUUCGACAAACCGAUGUCAAGGCGGGCCACUUCGAGCGAAAAGUCCAGGCCCUCGAGUCCGAGCGAGACCAGUGGGAGUCCAAGUACGAGGAGAUGGCCAAGAAGUACGCAGACAUCAAGAAGGAGCUGGAGGAGUUCCAGGCCGAGAUCGGCAACAUCUAA